AUGAGAUUGCAACCACAUGUCAACGCAAUCCAUAUGAAACCCAUGCUUGCAUUUUGGCAAAAACCUGGUUUUUUCCCCUUGUAUGAUUUUGAGGGUAGUGGGAUCAAGACCACGGCGCAAGGAAGUGGCGAUCGUUACUUGGUGGCGCCGCCCUGUGGUGCUGUUCUCUCGACGGCGGUUCCAGAACCAUUUGGCAUAAAGCUUUGCUUCUGCACUGCAGUGCAAUACCUGUAUAUCUCAACAAUUCCACAGUCAAGAAGUUGGAGAGCAAGUACAGUGCGCAGCACCCUAAAUUUGUUUCUGAAAAAAGUGUAUUUUGGACUUCGAUUGGAUGAGCUUCCCAUGCCUUUAUUAGAUAUUGCUACUGCACAGCCUUGUUCUUGUUUCCACGACAAUGUGUUAGCGUUUAGGUCUCAGAUUCAUUUUAAUAAAGUUAUAAUUGGAAAUGCAAGGAGAUUAGCUUCUUCUUUUUCUUGGAAGCCAUUCCAUAUCCAGGAAAAGCCUAGAAGACAAUUUGAUUUGGGGAGAAUUGAGGUAUGGAGGGGUGGAGUGACGAUAAAGGCAGUUGCUACCCUUGAAUCAACAAGCAAGACACGGGAAAAUGAUUAUCAUAAUGCUUUGAGGAUUGAUGUUGAUUCAAGAAGCUCAAACAGCUGUAUGGUUGAACGACAAUCUUCAAGUGAAGACUUGAUUGAAGUGGAUGAGAGAGAGAAGCUGAGGCGGCUGAGGAUUUCUAAUGCAAAUAAAGGGAACAGACCUUGGAACAAAGGAAGGAAGCACAGCCCGGAAACCCUUCAGCGCAUUAGAGAGAACACAAGGCUUGCAAUGCAGGAUCCUAAGGUCAAGAUGAAGUUAGCUAACCUGGGACACGCUCAAAGUCAAGAGACGAGAAUGAAAAUUGGAGUUAGUGUUCGACUUGGGUGGCAGAAACGCCGUGAGAACUUGAUGCUGCAGGAGAUCUGCUGCUAUGAAUGGAAAAAUUUAAUUGCAGAAGCUUCCAGAAGGGGACUUUUUGGCGAGGAACGAUUGGAAUGGAACUCGUACAAGAUCUUAAGCAAACAGCUUGAGCAGGAGUGGUUGCUGAGCGUUGGAGAAAGGAUAAAGGUGCCAAGACCGAUGUGGAACAGGAGAGCACCGAAGUCUGCUGAGCAGAGGAGGAAGAUUUCAGAAGCCAUUUCUGCCAAAUGGGCAGAUCCUGAAUACCGUAGUCGGGUUUGCACUGGUCUGUUUAAAUUUCAUGGCAUACAAGAUGGGUUUGAAAGGAAGCCGAAGAGGAAACUAAGUGAGGAUGUGCUAACCAGGAAAAGAAGUCCCCCAAAAAAGAAGUAUGAUGAGACAGAUAGCCUUGCAAAGAGCAAGCCGAAGAGCCCAGUUCAAGGAAUUAGAUCAAAGAUAAAUAAUAACUCUUUGUACAAGGAUCCCAUGGCAAGUUCCAAGUUGGAGAUCUUGAAGAAUAUUCGAGCACAGAGAGCCGCUGCUGAAAACAAAAAGAGCCAAACUGUAGGAAGAGCAAAGGUAUUGAUUGCUGAAGCUAAGAAGGCCACUAAGGCCCUUGAAAUCGCUGCCAAAAGUAGCCCUCUUGCUCAGGCUUCACUACUGGAAACUCAAAUGCUUAUUACUGAAGCAAUUCAGUAUAUGGAAUCCAUCAAGAACAGAGAUCUAGUUCCUUACGAAUGGGACAGUGAUCCUCUACCGAUUUCAAUCUAUGCUGAAGAGGAAACUGAUACAGAGAUCACAAGUCUGAAUCACAUAGAGAAAAGUUACCUAAAUGGAGUUCAAAGCUUUGCAUCGACUAGUUUUGAAGGCUUGAAUUUAAACAAGUUAGUCGUGCCGGAUUUCUUAAAUGGUAGUGCAGUGUCUUCAAAUUCCUGUAACAAUGAUUUACUUGGAAGUUACAGAGAUUUUCCCCCACCAGAGUUGGAUAGUAGGAGUAACUCUUCACCAGAUGCCAUUGAGGAGAGUGGACAGAAGCCACUAAGAACAAUAGACCCGACACACUGGAUCCAGCUCUGUUGCUUCCUGGGCGAGUAG